GUAAGAUUGGAAGAGGAAUUUGUCAAAAGAGAAGAUAACAAAAAUCCUUGGUAAACCAAAUUUGAAUAAUGAAAAAAAUAUAUACAUUAAGUCAAAAGCUCCAAUGUCAUUAUAUUCUAUAAUUCUGUAUAACUCAUCGUAGUUGUAUUUAAUUUAUUGUUGUUGUUUUGCUUUGAAAUAACAAUUUCCUCGCUAUGCACUGAUUACAGUCUGCAGUUGUGGGGAAAACGUACGCGAGCUCUGAUUUACAUGUGCUGUUGUUGCUGUGCCAUUUCUUUGCGUUUUGAGAGUGUGGAGUGUACCUUUUGUUCUGGUGCUCUCGUUCAAGUGACAAUGACAGCCUGUCUAUCAAGAUGCAUGGAACCCGCCCCAUUCACCCCUCCUGCUCCCUGGCCGUAGCAAGCAGGGAGCAGUGAAGACGAGGUAGCUAGUUUUGAAGCCGUGGCAUAAAUGAUCUCAUCUCAGCCCGAUCUCCGCUUUCUACAGAGGAUCCUAUGACCAACACCGGAAUAAAGUAAAAAUAAAGAUGGUUGAUCCAUGUAGCAGAGUAGUAACUCCAAUUACUGCCCCAGCAACUGCUCUCUCUGAGGAGAUGCACACCCUGACAGAAGUUCCUUUGUUUUAGUCUGAUGGAAAAUGUAGUGUGAUGUCACACAGGCUCCUGUCCUGUGUUCUCUCCCUACUCUGCUCUUCCCUGCUUGUUGGUCCCUUGGAGUCAACAGCCGUCCCCUGUUGUUUUGAGGAGCCUUGCUUCAGACUGGCCUAAAAUGGGCAGAAAGGGUGCAGAACAAAAGCUGCUUGUUGCUUGUACAAAAGUACUGAAGCGCUGCAGCCGGGACCAAGCUGCUAUGCUAAUGCCUGUGCCUCUCAACAGGAAAGAGAGCCAAAAUGUUCCCGAAGGGCACGAAGCGCAAGUUUUCCGACUCCAGGGAGGAACCUGUGGCAGGCGGUGAGGAUGUGAAUCAGUCGAAUUUGGCAGCUGUGAGGAUGCUGUCGUCCUACAGCCUGCAGCGGCAGUCCCUGCUGGACAUGUCCCUGAUCAAACUGCAGCUGUGUCACAUGCUGGUGGAGCCUAAUCUGUGCCGUUCGGUGCUGAUUGCCAACACGGUGAGGCAGAUCCAGGAGGAGAUGACCCAGGACGGCACCUGGCAGAUCAUGACCCAGGCCCUGAGUGCUGCCAACGCUGCUGCCCAGUGCUCUGCAGACCGCCUGGUGGCCACCGAGGUGCUGUGCCGGCAGACAGAGGCAGCCCAGGGGGAGCAGGUCCCGAAGCCCUUCCCAGUGGUGGGUUCAGAGGGCUGCCCUGCAGAGGAGGUGUUGGAGGAGGAGGUGGCGGCGGCAGAGGUGGGGAUUACUAUGUCCACUGUCUCCCCCCAAGCCCCAACCUCCUACCUGCCAGGCACCUUUGGCAUGGACCCUUGCUGGGAAGAGGAGGAGACAGGUGAUGAUGAUGAUGAUGAUGAGGAGGAGGACAGUGAGGAGUGUGGGUCUGGCUCAGAGGGGGAGGAGAGGGAGCGUGACAGCCUGGUGGAGGACACCAGGACAGCAGAGCAGGUCUUUGGCACGUUCGAGAUCAAAAACCCUGCGCCCAGCCCUGACCCUGCUCUGGAGGAACUGUUUUCAGACGUGGAUGCGUCUUACUACGACCUUGAUACAGUGCUGACAGGAAUGCAGAGUGUUCCUAAGAUGGGGCCCUAUGACCUCCUGGAGAGCCUGUCCUCCCAUGGGCCCUCACCCCUCAGUUCCAGCACCAGCUGCCGAUCAGACCUCAAUGAACUGGACCACAUCAUGGAGAUCAUAGUGGGCUCCUGAGAAACAACACACUUCCUUGCAUACUUACUUUGCAGACUCUUUACAGACUGUGCACGUGGUGCGUAUAUUUGGAUAUGGUGUUAUUAUACAUUCAGAUGUUGAGGGUUUAUGAAAUCAAGAACUUAUUCAGUGUUACGACAUGCAGCUGUGCAUCUCUAAGUGGGUAGAGAUUACAACCUAUACCAUUAUGAUUUUUCUUAUUUUACAUACUUUUCUAUAUUUCUUUUUGUCAUACAAUCUAUUUUUCCAGUUAUGUUUUUAUUUAUUGUAAUAUGUAUGGACUGAAGAACAAUGUCAUUACACUACACACAAAUAGACCCUCUGAAGCGAUGCAUAUUUUCCUAAAGAGUAAAACAAAUAUUAGUGAAACAUGUACGUAUAGUUGAAGUCGGAAGUUUACAUACACCUUAGCCAAAUACAUUUAAACUCAGUUUUUCACAAUUCCUGACAUUUCAUUCAAGUAAAAAAUUCCCUGUCUUAGGUCAGUUAGGAUCACCACUUAAUUUUAAGAAUGUGAAAUGUCAGAAUAAUAUACAUUUUAUUUCAGCUUUUAUUUUUUUCAUCACAUUCCCAGUGGGUCAGAAGUUUACAUACACUCAAUUAGUAUUUGGUAGCAUUGCCUUUAAAUUGUUUAACUUGGGUCAAACGUUUUGGGUAGCCUUCCACAAGCUUCCCAUAAUAAGUUGGGUGAAUUUUGGCCCAUUCCUCCUGACAGCUGGUGUAACUGAGUCAGGUUUGUAGGCCUCCUUGUUCGCACACAAUUUUUCAGUUCUGCCCACACAUUUUCUAUGGGAUUGAGGUUAGGGCUUUGUGAUGGCCACACCAAUACCUUGACUGUGUUGUCCUUAAGCCAUUUUGCCACAACUUUGGAAGUAUGCUUGAGGUCAUUGUCCGUUUGGAAGAUCCAUUUGCAACCAAGCUUUAACUUCCUGACUGAUGUCUUGAGAUGUUGAUUCAAUAUAUCCACAUCAUUUUCGUCCCUCAUGAUGCCAUCUAUUUUGUGAAGUGCACCAGUCCCUCCUGCAGCAAAGCACCCCCACAACAUGAUGCUGCCACCCCCAUGCUUCACGGUUGGGAUGGUGUUCUUCGGCUUGCAAGCGUCCCCCUUUUUCCUCCAAACAUAACGAUGGUCAUUAUGGCCAAACAGUUCUAUUUUUGUUUCAUCAGACCAGAGGACAUUUCUCCAAAAAGUACGAUCUUUGACCCCAUUUGCAGUUGCAAACCGUAGUCUGGCUUUUUUAUGGCAGUUUUGGAGCAGUGUCCCUUUCCUUGCUGAGCGGCCUUUCAGGUAAAGUCGAUAUAGGACACGUUUUACUGUGGAUAUAGAUACUUUUGUACCUUUUUCCUCCAGCAUCUUCACAAGGUCCAUUGCUGUUCUGUGAUUGAUUUGCACUUUUCGCACCAAAGUACAUUCAUCUCGAGGAGAUAACGCGUCUCCUUCCUGAGUGGUGUGACGGCUGUGUGGUCCCAUGGUGUUUAUUCCUGCGUACUAUUGUUUGUACAGAUGAACGUGGUACCUUCAGGCGUUUGGAAAUUGCUAAUUGUAGACUUGUGGAGGUCUACAAUUUUUUUCGGAGGUUUUGGCUGAUUUCUUUUAAUUUUCCCAUGAUGUCAUUCAGAGGCACCGAGUUUCAAGGUAGGCCUUGAAAUACAUCCACAGGUACACCUCCAAUUGACUCAAAUGAUGUCAAUUAGCCUAUCAGAAACUUCUAAAGCCACAACAUAAUUUUCUGGAAUUAUCCAAGCUGCACAGUCAACUUAGUGCAUGUAAAAUUCUGUCCCACUGGAAUUGUGACACAUUGAGUUAUAAGUGAAAUAAUCUGUCUGUAAACAAAAAUGACUUGGGUCAUGCACAAAGUAGAUGUGCUAACCGACUUGCCAAAGCUAUGGUUUGUAAACAAGAAAUUUGUGGAGUGGUGGAAAAAUGAGUUUUAAUGAUUCCAAAGUAAAUGUAAACUUCUGACUUCAACUGUAUGUAUAUAGAAAUAUAUAUUUUUGCAAUUUACAGUUUGGGAAAUGUACCAGUAUGAUUUAAUAUAAUAUCCCCCCAUAUUUUGAAUAUGAUACAUUUUAAUUUAGCCAGUCACCCAAUGUCUUCCUAUGGUUUGGUUUUAACCAUUUAAGUCUCAAGAUGGGCACAGUUUUUUUUCCUACUGGAUUUGAAUCCAUCCCUUACAACCUAGACUAGAUUUGUAAAGUAUUUAGAGAAACUCUUGCUUGAUAUCAGCAUUAAGAAGCCUUAUUUUCUGAUAUUUGUAUUACUACAAAUUAAGAAUUAUUGGUUGACCCGUUAAGUUAUUCCUUUUAAUUUAUUUAAUUUAUUAAAUACAGAUACAUACAUGCCACGUAGAUUUUUAAACUGAGCUGUGUGUAUACCCAUGUGAUAUAUUAUAAUCUGGGUGGUUCGAGCCCUGAAUGCUGAUUGGCUCAAAGCUGUGGUAUAUCAGACCAUAUACCAUGGGUAUGACAUUUUUACUGCUCUAAUUACGUUGGUAACCAAUUUAUAAUAGAAAUAAGACACCUCGGGUGGUUGUGGUAUAUGGCCAAUAUACCAUGGCUAAGGGCUUUAUCCAAGCACACUUUAGCCGUGGUAUAUAUUGGGCAUAUACCACACCCCCUUUUGCCUUAUUGCUUAAUUACAACUCAAUACCCCCCCUAUUCACUAUGCAUUUCUUUUGCAAAAAUAUAUUUUGUACAGAAUUCAACUAUCAUUUUUUAAAUGUAUUUUUACAAGCAGCUCUUUCUCUAAAGAUUUCUUUUCAUAAUGUCUCCUUAUCAUGAUGAAAAGAUUACUCAGGCAAACCGUACCAGUAAAAUCUGACAGUAUUACUCUGGUCAUUACUACCACAAAACUCCUCUGAAUGAUGUCACUGCUUCAAACAGCAGCUAGAAUUUCAAAGACCUUAACAAUUGUAAAGUAUAUGCAUUUUUAUAUUAAGAAAACAUUUUAGGACCUUUGUAAAUAUUUUUUAUAAUAAAAGGUGCAAAUCUU